AAAUAAUAAAAGGUAAUCUCGAUGAGGGUAAACGUUCUGCUACCAAUUUAAGAUAAAGAAGUAAGAUAAAUACAUGGUUCUGUCCCUAAAGACCAUGACCAUACGAGCAUCAUCAGAGCCAACUGAUCAACCAGCCUGCCACUGCCAGAACUCACACGUUACCCAGUUUACUUCGAACCGUUUCCGAACCACAAUAUAAUAGUGCGCCAGUGGAGCCAGGAGAAUGAAAAACAACAGCAAACAUAAACAUCAAAGAAGCUUGCUCGAAUGAUAAGGGCAAUCUUUGCCUAUUAGGCAAGAGGAUAGCAAGUACGAAAGUAACCCCUCAGGUCAAGAGGAAGGAAGAGAGAACAGAUCACCAGCAGGUCAACCAUCCACCCCAUCCAUUAAGCAACAAAGAAUGCUGCUUGCCAUCGCAAGCGCCUUUCAGAAUAUUCUGCAAAUCGAUACCCAACUGUUCUUUCCUUUCAAAACAGGCCUUUCCCUGUUCACAAAAAGGCAAGGAUACGUCAAGUACAUUUUCUGGUCAAGUGCUAGCGGGAAGAAGUUAGAGGUGUUUUGAAGCCGGCAAGAGAAGUGAGUAGAUUAAGGCAUGUUGUACAAAUUAAGUAAGGACUGAGUCAAGGACGGCUACACAAUCUACAAUGCAGUUUUUUUUUGUACGGGAGGUGUUCAGGAAGAUUGGACAGUUGACUUUGUCAGUAGAUUACAGCAGGGCGGCCAAUAGUGGAAUAAUGAAACGUCGGUGUGAACUAGGAAGUUGCUGGUGUGCUGGUGGCAAUUUUGCAAAUUCCAAAUUUCAUGACCUUGAUUUCCUUCAUGGUGACUACGGCUGCAAGUGGACAAUACAAAAUGGGAGCAAAAUCAUCUUUCCUUUCCCCAUUAUGCUCUUCCAUGGUUAGACCACCAUUGAUGCAUCCAGUCAGGGUACAACUUUAGCUCUUGUUUGCAUGCUAGUUCACCAGAAAACCAUGCACACCCUCCAUUUGUCCAACAAGAAAUGCAGCAAAAUAUUGGGCAUACCUUCCCUUGGCCUUGCUCUUGUGCUGCUGGUCUGCUUGGUCUCUCCUGUCAGUUCCUGCACGGAGCAGGAGAAGGGCUCCCUUCUCCAGUUCCUCGCCGAGCUCUCACAAGACGGCGGCCUCUCUGCGUCAUGGCGGAAUGGCACAGAUUGCUGCAAGUGGGAAGGGAUCACCUGCAGGCAAGAUGGGACAGUCACCAAUAUCUUGCUGCCUUCGAAGGGCCUCGAGGGGCACAUCUCACAAUCACUUGGGAUCCUCACCGGGCUGCAGUACCUUGAUCUCUCUGGCAACUCGUUGUCCGGUGGUCUGCCUCUGGGAUUGCUAGCAUCCAGCAGCAUUACUACCCUUGAUGUUAGCUUUAACCAGCUCAACGGAACACUCCACGAGCUGCCAUCUUCAACCUCUGGUAGACCUCUGCAGGUACUAAACAUCUCAAGCAACUUAUUUGCAGGACAGUUUCCAUCCACCACAUGGAAAACAAUGGAGAAUCUGAUUGCAAUCAAUGCCAGCAAUAACAGCUUCAGUGGGCAGAUACCAACUCAAUUCUGUAACACCUCGCCAUCCCUCACAGUGCUUGAUCUGUGUUUCAACAAAUUCAGUGGCAGUGUACCCCCAGGACUUGGUGAUUGCUCCAGGCUAAGAGAGCUCAGGGCUGGGUAUAACAACCUCAGUGGAAGACUCCCAGAUGAACUCUUCAACGCAACCUCAUUGGAAUACCUGUCUUUCGCAAAUAAUGGUUUGUAUGGAGUUCUUGAUACUACACGCAUAGUCAACCUCAGAAAUCUUGUAACCCUUGAUCUUGGAUGGAACCAAUUCAGUGGAAAGAUUCCAGAUUAUAUAGGUCAACUCAAGAGGCUGGAGGAGUUCCAUUUGAACAACAACAACAUGUCAGGGGAGCUGCCAUAUGCUCUCAGCAAUUGCAAAAAUCUCAUAACAAUUGACCUGAAGAGCAACAAACUCAGUGGAGAACUUACCAAUGUCGAUUUCUCCAACCUGCCCAAUCUAAAAACUUUAGAUCUUUUGUCCAACAACUUCACCGGCACAGUUCCAGAAAGUAUGUACUCAUGCAGUAACCUGACUGCGCUGCGGCUAGCUAACAACAAGUUAUAUGGGCAGCUCUCAUCAAGAAUAGGCAAUCUGAAGUACCUGUCCUUCUUGUCACUUGGUAAAAACAAUUUCACAAACAUUGCAAAUGCGUUUCAGAUCCUUAAGAGCAGCAAGAACCUUACCACCCUGCUUAUUUCGUACACUUUCAAGGGAGAGCUCAUGCCAGAGGAUGACAUAAUUGAUGGCUUUGAGAAUCUUCAGGUUUUGGACAUGGAUAGUUGCCAAUUAUCUGGAAAAAUACCUCUAUGGAUAUCAAGAGUGACACAACUGAAGAUGUUAAUUUUAAGAAGCAAUCAACUCACUGGACCAAUACCGGACUGGAUCAACUCCUUAAGCCAUCUCUUUCAUAUAGAUGUGUCAAGCAACACUCUUACAGGAGAAAUCCCGAUAACAUUUACGGAGAUGCCAAUGCUAAAAUCAACUGACAACACAACUCAUUUGGACCAAAGGGUCUUUGAGCUGCCUCUUUAUAAUGGCCCAUCACUUCAGUACCGUGUGGUUACAUCUAUCCCAGCAAUGUUGAAUCUAAGCAACAACAGCCUUACAGGUGUGAUUCCCCCACAGAUUGGUCAGUUGAAUAUGCUUGUUGAGCUGGAUUUCAGCUUCAACAAGUUAUCUGGACAGAUCCCCCAAUCGAUUUGUGACCUCAGAAACUUGCGGGUCCUAGAUUUUUCCAGCAACAAUCUCACAGGUGCUAUUCCAGCUGCAUUGAACACCCUACACUUCCUUUCAGCAUUCAACAUUUCAAGCAAUGACCUAGAAGGGCCUAUUCCAUCUGGAGGCCAAUUUAAUACAUUCCAGAAUUCUAGUUUCGAUGGGAAUCCAAAGCUGUGUGGCUCAAUGCUCACUCACAAAUGUUGUUCAGAUUCAUUAUCUAUGUCCACCAGAAAAAAACGAGAUAGGAAGGCCGUUUUUGCGAUUGCAUUUGGUGUGUUCUUUGGAGGGAUCACAAUUCUUCUGUUUCUGGCGUGUCUCCUUGUCUCAAUCAGGCAGAAGGGGUUUAGGGUAAAGAAUAGAAGGGAAAGUAACGGAGAAGUUGAAGCAACUUCAUUCUACUCUAGUUCAGAGCAAACAUUAGUGGUGAUGCGGAUGGCAGAAGGCCAGGGUGAAGAAAACAAGCUCAAAUUCAAUGACAUUUUGAAAGCUACGAACAACUUUGACAAGGAAAACAUCAUUGGAUGUGGAGGGUAUGGGUUAGUCUACAAGGCGGAGCUACCUGAUGGCUCCAAGCUGGCAAUUAAAAAGCUCAAUGAUGAAAUGUGUCUGAUGGAAAGAGAGUUCACUGCCGAGGUUGAUGCUCUCUCCAUGGCACAACAUGAAAAUCUUGUACCACUGUGGGGUUACUGCAUCCAGGGAAACUCAAGGUUUCUCGUAUAUUCCUACAUGGAGAAUGGAAGCCUGGAUGAUUGGCUGCAUAACAAGGAUGAUGAUGAUGCUAGCUCAUCUCUUGACUGGCCGACUCGGCUCAAGAUCGCAAAAGGAGCUAGCCUGGGACUUUCUCAUAUCCAUGAUGUCUGCAACCCUCAAAUUGUCCACCGAGACAUCAAAUCCAGUAACAUCCUGCUGGACAAAGGAUUUAAAGCUUAUGUUGCAGAUUUUGGGCUUGCCAGAUUGAUUCUUCCCAACCAAACUCAUGUAACAACUGAACUUGUCGGUACUAUGGGUUACAUCCCCCCUGAGUAUGGGCAAGCAUGGGUUGCUACAUUGAGAGGCGAUGUGUACAGUUUCGGAGUAGUCCUGCUUGAGCUUCUCACUGGAAUGCGGCCUGUUCCAGUCCUAUCAACAUCAAAAGAACUUGUCCCAUGGGUGCUGCAGAUGAGGUCUGAGGGAAAGCAAGUUGAGGUCUUGGAUCCAGCACUUCGAGGAACAGGAUACGAAGAGCAAAUGCUGAAGGUUCUUGAAGCCGCUUGCAAAUGCGUCGACCAAAAUCAGUUUACAAGGCCAACUGUCAUGGAAGUAGUCUCCUGCCUGGUCAAUAUAGACGCUGAUCUGCACAUGCAAAGAUCAGCAAAAAUAUAAUGGACUAAACACAUGAUAGAUACUUUUCGAGCACGAUGUACUUUUAACUUUCUUAGUUUCACUAGAACUACUACUUCUGAUAAUCUUAGAGUUUGUUUCAUACAUUGUACAGGUUCAAAAAAGCAAUCAACAAGAAGUUGUAGUUCGGGCGGGGUCAUCUGCCAGAGGCAAUAUUCUAAUCAAGCAAAGCUGCCCA